AAGUGCGCCUGGGUGUAUACGUACUGCAGCUGAGUCUCAAUUAUGGUUCGUUCUUUAUGAACUAUAAGAUUAUAGGAGCCGUAGGAUCAGCCGACGGAUCAAUCUCGUCCCAUUUCGCGCUCCCUCGUAUCCGUUUCCUGCAGAAAGAUUCUUCAUUCCUCAGAACACCAUUGUCAGAGACUCAAGAGUAGGGUUUACAAUAUAAUUCGACCUGUCUGUAUCGAAAAUGGGGGCCGGCAGGAAGACACAGACCUUUACUUUAUCUUCUUCUCAAGACAUGGCAACCUACUCUGCGUCCAUGAGGAAUUUGCGGCGGAAUAGCCUUGGUGGUGUCAUCUUCGGUGCCACGAAAUUCACAAUUGACGAAUGUCUAUCUAAACAACUAUUUGGCUUACCAGCUGCACACUACAUGUAUGUGAAGAACAUUACUCCUGGCUUGCCACUUUUUCUCUUCAACUAUUCUGAUAGGAAGCUACAUGGAAUUUUUGAGGCUACUGGCCUUGGACAAAUGAAUAUCAAUCCAUAUGGAUGGAGCACUGAUGGUUCAGAGAGAACGCAGUAUCCUGCGCAGGUUAAGUUCCAUACACGGAUGCAGUGCCGACCACUGCUUGAAAGCGAGUAUAAAGACAUCAUUGCUGACAACUACUACACCGAGAGUCAUUUCUGGUUUGAGCUUGAUCACUCGCAAACAAGCAAGCUGACAUCUAAGUUUGCAUCUGUAAAAGUUGCUCCAAGUAAUCCCGUACCACAGAUACCUAAGUCAUCAUCUGUAAAUGUUGCUCCAAGUACUUCUGUGCCACAAGGUACGCUGAAUUGGAGAAAAGCUUGUUUUCCAGCUCCUCCCUCACAUGAUACAAAAGAGCAACCUCCGUCUUCUCCUUCACAUGACACAAAAGAGAAACGUCCGGCUUAUACUUCACAUGACACAAUAGAGGAACCUGAAUGGCUUGAACUGCUUACCUCGGAGACUGAGCAUUUGAGCUAUUCAUGUCCGAAUUGGGAUGCCCCAAUUUUAUUUGGAAGAUAUAAUGCAUUGAAUUCCCAAUAUGAUGUGAAAGAGGCUGAACAAGUGGAGCAGGAACGGGUAUACGGAAAACUGAAAGAGUUGGCUCUUCAAUAUGAUCUUAACGGUGAAUGUCAAGACAUGUCUUUCUCUGGAAAUGUUGACGAUAGCGCUGUCUCAAAUGAAAUGACCUGGGAGGACACUGAGGAGUCAAUGGCACCGUUGGGUUUAGAUGAGAAGAGGCCAGGGAGUUCUCGCUCCUCAUUUGAGCAGAAGAGCAGAGAGAGUUCCCGAUCCUUCUGUGAGAAUCCAAUCAUAGCCAAGUUGAUUGAAGAGGUGGAGGAGCUCAAAGCUUCUAAGAAAGAACAAUCUGUGAAGAUCGGUUUAUUGGAGCACAAGCUGAAGAAGGCGGAGCUUGAAAUUCAGCAGUUAAAAGUUUGGUAUGAAGUCAGACUCACGGAGAAGCUAGGCUCCCUUGCUUACGACGAGAUUUGCUUGGCAUGGGCGGUUCAAUCCGAUCUGAGAAAGCUUGAGGGCACCAUGUCCACAAUCAAAGGCGUGCUCUUGGAUGCUGAAGAGAAGCAAGCGAAUAACAAGGAGCUCCGCAGUUGGCUCAGACAAGUUAAAAAUGUGUUUCUUGAUGCCGAGGAUGUGUUGGAUGAGUUUGAGUGUGAAGCCCUGCGAAAGCAAGUGGUGAAAAAAUUUCAUGGUACAUGUAGAAAGGUACGUCGUUUUUUCUCCCGGUCUAAUCCUGUUGCAUUCCGUUUGAGGGUAGCUCAUGAAAUCAAAGAGUUAUGGGAGAGGUUAGAAGAGCUUAAAGCCAAUAAGUCUAUCUUUGAUUCUCUCACUAGUCAUAGUAAAGGUUACUAUGAUGACCAUGAUAGCAAUCUGAAGCAGGUGAUCAAGGCGAGAGAGACGCACUCUUUCGUCCGUGCUUCGGAGGUUGUUGGUAGAGAAUUUGAGAAAGAAGAGCUAGUAGAUCGUUUGAUUGAGCAAGGUGACGAUCAUUUCUCAGUAAUUCCUGUAGUUGGAAUGGGAGGUAUAGGCAAGACUACACUUGCUAAGUUGGUGUACAAUGAUACAAGAGUCAUUAAGAAUUUUGAAUUGAUGAUUUGGCAGUAUGUGUCAGUAGAUUUUGAUAUUGCUAGAUUGACAAAAGAGAUUCUUAGUUCUGUAUUAGGUACAAAUAUUAGUGGUGAAUUGUCUAUGAAUCAGUUGCAAGAAAAACUACGAGAUGCUUUGAAGGAUAAAAUUUUUUUACUUGUGAACGAAAAUGCAUAUAAAUGGGGUGAGUUGAAAGAUUUGUUGGUAGAGGGGGCCAAAUUAGGAAGUAAGGUUUUAGUGACAACCCGUAAUGUUACAGUUGCUUCCAUCAUGGGAACUGUUCCGACAAACAUUAAUUUGAAAAUUCUCUCCGAAGAGGAUUGCAUGUCCUUGUUUGUGAAAUGUGCAUUUAAAGGAGGAGAAGAGAGAGAACAUCCAAACCUCUUUGAAAUUGGGAAAGAUAUUGUGAGAAAGUGUGGAGGGGUCCCCUUAGCGGUGAAAACUUUAGGAUGUCAACUUUCCUCAAAGACUGAUGAACGGUAUUGGGAAAUGAUAAGGGAUUCUGCAAUAUGGGAAUUAGAAAGAGAGGGAGAAGCUCACGUUUUACCUGCUUUGAGACUUAGUUAUACUCAUUUGCCUCCCCAUUUGAAAAGAUGUCUUGCUUAUUGUUCACUUCUUCCAAGGACAUACGAAGGGCUUCAUAGCUUGCUAUUGAUCAAAAUUUGGAUAGCAAAUGGAAUCCUUGAAUCUCAUGAUCAUGGGAAUCUGGAGUUGGAAGAUGUUGGUGAGCUAUAUUUUAAAGAGUUAUGGGAGAGGUCCUUCUUUCAAAAUGUUCAAGAUAAUAGUCUAUUCUGCAAAUUUCGUAUGCAUGAUCUUAUCCAUGACCUCGUACGAUCAGUUGCACAAGAUGAGUGCUUUGCAGUAGACUUUGAAGGCACCAAAGAAAUCUCUGAAAAUGUUAGACAUUUGUCAGUAUUCAGACCAGCACAAAAUGUUCCAUCAAUCUUGGAUAAGCGGAACAGGUUGCGAUCUAUAACUGCGGAAGUUCAUAAUCAACUUCAUUUAUCUUAUUACUUCUUAAUUUGGAGUUCUUCACCGACAUUUCAGGAGCAGGCAGAGACAGAAAUUCGAUGCUUAAAAUUUUGUCUACAGUUGGAAUCUGGUUCUGCACCUUCCAAGGCACAUACUGAUGAGAAGGAUACUGAAUCAUGGAAUGUGCUGCAUUAUGAUCCCGAUGAGUCGAUUUAUCUAGUUGGUGGAUAUGAUGGCGAAUCAUGUUUAUCGGCAUUUGAUGCUUAUUAUCCUUUUGAAGAUAUGAUAAAACCUCUGAGACCAAUGAGCACAGUUUGUUCAUUUGUCUCCGUUGCACAAUGUUAUGGCGAUCUUUAUGUAAUUGGUGGUGGCGAUGGUCUUGUGUGGUAUGAUACAGGAAUCUACUGCCCUGUUGCUGAUGAGUGGAAGCAGUGCCCUUCUUUGAGAGAGAAAAUGGGUAGCUUAGCUGCAGCUACCACAAACAAGAAAUUUUUUGCAAUGGGUGGUGGGAACAGAGUUGAUUGCUUUGCAGAUGUUGAGAUGCUUGAUUUAGAAGUGGGACGAUGGAUCCGUACACAGUCAAUGUUACAGAAGCGUAUGGCUCUUGCUGCGGUAGAACUCAAAGGUGUGCUUUAUGCCACCGGUGGAUAUGAUGGGAAUAGUUAUUUGAACACUGUUGAUAGAUUCGACCCCAGAGCACGCAGUUGGACCAAAAUUGCCUCUAUGCAUUCGAAAAGGAGCUGCCAUUCGUCAGUUGUUCUGAGUGAAAAAAUACAUGUUCUGGGAGGCUUUGAUGGAGAUUCACUGGUCCGUAGUGUGGAAAGUUUUGAUCCACAGCUCGGGUCAUGGAUGCGGGCUGCAAUGUAUUUCCCCAGGGGAUAUUCAGCCGCUGCUGUUGUCGAAGAUACCAUAUAUGUAAUCGGAGGGAUGAAAGACGAUGAAACCAUAGCAGAGACGGUUGAGUACUACAAGGAGGGGCAAGAUUGGCGGGAAAUAGCCACGAUGACCAUCGGUAGGAGGUAUUUCAUGUCUGCGGCUGCUUCUUCGACCUGAUCGUGCAAUGUUCGUUGGUGUUAACUUAGACAGGAAAGUCUUUUGGUCCAUCAAAUGUGUUUUUAGUAGAAAAAAUGCAUGGUGGGGAUACUGGAGGAUUGAAGUAAACGUUUUGUGAUCUGACACUUUGGUUUGAGAAAUUUUAGUGUUUCAUGAA